CAGUGAGCCUUGUGGGUUCCUAGGAUUGUCUCUUGUUCUGAAUCCAUGGCCUUGCAGUGGAGUGUUGUUUGUCUCGUAGCAGUGGCCAUGCUUGGCUGUCUGUGUGACGCUCAAUUGGAGAGGCUUUUCCAACCCCUUCCUCAGAAGCCUGCCCAACCUCUUCGUCAGUGGCCUGCCCAACCCCUUCCUCAGAAGCCUGCCCAACCCCUUCGUCAGUGGCCUGCCCAACCCCUUCCUCAGAAGCCUGCCCAACCCUUUCCUCAGAAGCCUGCCCAACCCUUUCCUCAGAGGCCUGCCCAAACCCUUCCUCAGAGACCUGCUCAACCCUUUGUUCAGAAGCCUGCCCAAAACAUACCUCAACACAUACCAACACAGACCUGUGAGGUUGUGGACAAGGACAAGGUGUUGUGUGGACUUUCUGGCAUCAAUGCUGCCCAAUGCCAGGCCAUCAGCUGCUGUUUUGAUGGACGGAUGUGCUUCUACGGGAAAACAGUGACUGUCCAGUGUACCAAGGAUGGCCAGUUUGUGGUGGUGGUUUCCAGAGAUGCCACUCUGCCCAAACUUGAGCUAGAUUCCAUCCGCCUGCUAGGGGCAAACGGAGCCCACUGCACCCCUGUCGGCACUACAUCUGCCUUUGCCAUCUACCAGUUCAAAGUUACUGAAUGUGGAACUGUGCUGACGGAGGAACCUGAUACUAUUGUCUAUGAGAACAGGAUGUAUUCUUCAUAUGUAGUGGGGAAUGGACCCUUCGGCGACAUUACCAGGGACAGCCACUAUGACCUGCUCUUCCAGUGUCGGUAUACUGGGACUUCCGUUGAGACACUGAUUAUCGAGGUGAGAACGUAUCCAAACCCCAACCCAGUGGUCAGUGUUGAUGCAGUUCUCCACGUGGAGCUCCGACUGGCCAAUGGACGUUGUUUCUCCAAGGGAUGUGAUGAAAUGCAAGAAGCAUACACCUCUUACUACACGGUGGCAGACUACCCUGUCACCAAGGUCCUCAGGGAUCCUGUGUACGCUGAGGUUCGCAUCCUGGGGAUGACAGAUCCCAAUGUUGUCCUGAUACUGGAGCAGUGCUGGGCCAACACAUACCCCACAGGUGAAGGUCUGCCCCGGUGGGACCUUCUAGUUAAUGGGUGUCCCUACCAGGAUGACCGUUACCUGACCGUGCCCAUCCGCUCGGACAGCUCCUAUUUCCCUCCGGGAGAAUUCUUCUCCCACUACAAGCGCUUCCUCUUCAAGAUGUUCACCUUUGUAGAUCCGACAUCUAUGGUCCCCCUGCAGGAGAACGUGUACAUCCACUGUAGUGCAACAGUGUGCCACGCUCUAGCAGGCUCCUGUGAACAAAGGUGCAACAGGCAAAGGAGAGAUCUUUCUGCUCAAGGCCAAAAGAAGACUAAAGGAGAUGUUGUGGUUUCCAGUCAAAAAGUCAUCAUGAUUGACCCACGUUUUUAUGCUUAAAUCAAAUGUGUUAUAUGCUCCUCAUUUAUAUGGUCUGACUUGACAAUAAAAGAUGAGACAUC